AUGUAUUGUCAGUAUUUGCGUAUUCUGAUUCCAGCAUUUUUUAGUGACAAUUUUGAAGAAUAUACAAAUAAUGUGUGCUGGGUUCGAAAUACCUAUUAUGUUGAACCAAAUAGCCAAAUACCGGAUAGUAAUCAAAUACGUCAUGAGAGUAGUAUUCUAUAUUAUCAAUGGAUUCCAUUCAUUUCACUCACUCAAGUAUUUUUCUGUUUUUUACCCUAUGUAUUAUGA